AAAUUUAAUCUUUAGCUCAAUAAACACUAGUAGGAAUGGCAGUGAAAGGCGUUCUCUUGGUGCUUGUGGUGCUGAUGAUGUCUGCAACAGUGUUUGGAGGUGCCGGGGAAGUUGCAUGCAUAAGGAAUUGCGAGAAAAAUUGCCCCACACAUCCUCCCACCGCGAAGUGUGCUAGUGACUGUGCGAUCGACUGUCAACAUGAAGCUCCAAAGCUCAAGCUGCGCUGUUUCUUUAAGAAUUGCACAAAAUUUGAAAAUGAUACAGAUGGAUUCCAGAAAUGCCUUAAGGUAUGCUCAAGCUAAUCUUCCAGCAAGACACUGAUGGAGAAGAUACUAUCUGGGACUUAUGAUUAUGAAAAUCAUAAAAAUUAAUAACUUGGAUUCGGCCUUGAAUCUACAAUGACAUAUCCUGGAAUGGGAUUUUAUGAAUGGAGUAUUUUAUUUUAUUUU